AUGACCCGCCAGUUCUCAUUGUCUCCGUCUCCUGCCCUUUCACCAGGUAUUACAUUCCUCUCGCUGCCUGUCGAGGUACGGUUGACAAUCUAUACGCAUCUCUUCUACCCCGCUGGAGAGCUGUUUGUUGCACCGAGAAACCCUGCCUACGAUCAAGGCUUCAACAACGAUCAAGAGACACCAGCGCCGCCAACUUGGCAAGUGGCAAUGGUGCCUGGUAUCUGCCCUGAGCCUGAAGGCGACAUCAUCACCAGCAGCCUGGAUCCUUAUUCUCAGUCUUCUCAACUCCUCCGCGUCUGCCAACAGAUAUAUGUCGAAGCCAUCCCCAUCCUGUACGGAGUGAACAAAUUCUACUGUGGGUUACGGCCCUGGAAGGAUAACAGGGAGAUCCUCCCACGGUUCGUCUCCACCCCCAACUUCGCACACAUUCGCCAUUUGGUCCUCGAUCGGCCCCUAGUUCGAGUCUUUGCCCAGCUUCUGGCCAAAGAGGAGCAUGUUGUCGCAACCAAGGGGCUGGAAUCCGUUGCGCUCGGCAAGUGGCGGUUCUGCGAGAGGCCCACAAGCACCGCAGUGGCCUUAGGGAUACGCCGCCCUGGGACUCACUUCAAAGGGUCCCAGUUCUGCAAUCCGGCCGUGGAGAUAUGUCGGAAACACGCUCAAUUGCGAUACGUGGUGGAGCAGACGAAAAAGAUAAACCUUGAAUUACUGUGUAAUGGCGGGGCGGGUGAGAACGGAGAGUCGAGAAAGGAAGCAGGUUACAGGACCUACACACAAUGUAGAUGGCUCCUCGUCACUGACAGGGGUGCAAGAAACCUGAAAGAAGGCGAGGAGCUCGUGGAUCUGGAGAAUUACUUGUAG